AUGUUGAUGAAGAAGAGCCUUUGGAUUAUGAUGGUUAUCACAGUGGUUGUGGUGUCAUCACAAUUCUGCUUUGUGCAUGGAAGAGUCCUUCGAUCAGAGGCGUUAAAGACACCCAUAGGUGACGGUUGUGAGGACUUCAAAGGAGAGCUUGGAAUGGCAACAUUUGCUGUUGCUUCUAACAACUCCAGAACUCGUCAAUUUGCACAAAGCUUGGCAUAUAAACUAGCUUCUGGACCAAGCAAAAAGGGUCCUGGACAUUAG